UCCUCAUGGGCUGCACGGAACCCCGGACGACCUGUACUCACAACUCGCCAGGGUGUCAAACUCACAGAGGCACAGAAGGCGUCACGAAGAAUUGCUCAGGAGCAACGACGAUCGAAGGAAGCUGCAUUGAAUGACGCUGUGAAGUCUCUUGCCACAACAUAUGCAGAGAUGAUCGAGAAGCUAGCGGACGAGCAUAGUGUCACUACAGAGAAGGUAAAGCUACUCCUGGGUUGCGAGACACUCUACAAGAACAAGCGGGGGCCUACCUUGCACAACGCAAUUGUCCAUGUGAAGGCUCUUGAGUUGAACGAAGCAAAAUACACACUAGCGGAUAUACGCAACAUUAUCGAGGACGAUCCGUCAAUCAAGCACCUCUCCCGACAGGAGAAAAAAGAUUACAUUUUGAAACUCAAGGAACACCGCACGCAACAACGCCUGAGUGUGCGUGCUACCAACUCGGCUGCUUCAAAAGAUGCGCAGGUAACCCUGGACAAAGUUUUCAAGGAGCUUGAGGCUUUGGCCCUCCGCACUGGAAUGUAUGCGUGUUUGUUUGCGACACGCGGUCAUGUCUAUGACACAAACCAAGCCACGUGGUUUGGAACCGACAAUGUGAUGGACUUCUGGGAGGACGUUCUCUCACUGCAACCUGACUACAUCACCAAGCAGCUGGAAUUGUGGGGGUGCAAUCAAAACAAAAACAUCGAUGAGCGUGAUUCGGUGGAGAAUAUGCAGAGGCAGUCUAAACGUUUGCUUGAGUCAGGCUUCAAUGCGAUCACGAAGGGCCAUAAUAUACGUAUGGUGUAUACGAACUUCGAGACAUCUAUCAAGGAGAAGCACGGUAUCGACAUCAAAGGCUGGCCUGAGAGUGUGCCCUUCACGAGCCCAUACAAAAUCGGUACUGUGGACGAGAUUCGAUCGCUCCGUGAUGCCCUACGAAACGGCACAUGCCACUGGGUCAAGCUCACUCCUCGCCAGCGUCAGGAGCACACCCAGCAUCUAGACGCUCGCCGUAAGGCUGGAGAGACAGUGAGAGCUCCCAGAAAGAAACGCUCUGAUGCUGGAGUAUCCCGUAAACGCCGUUCUGCGAAAGAGAAGGCGCCACCAUCCAAGAGGGUGCGGUCAGCAGUGUCUAACAGAAGGCCGGCUCCCAAAAGUGCCGAAUAUAUUGACAGUACAGAGGAUGAUGAGGACUCAUUAGAGGAGGAUGAUUAG